GAGGUGGCGAAACUGAUGGACGGAGUGGAUUAUUCACAGACAUUACGGUUAGCCCACAUAGCUUGUUGGCGGGGGCAAAGGCAACUCGCGUCCGUCUGCCAUUCUGUUCCCGCCACGUGUCGCUUGGAGAGGGGAUCCCGAAAUGUAAACGGGUCAUGCGAGUCGGGGUUUCAAGCCCUUUCGUUCUCAAGCCGUGAGCUUUUGAAACUUCGAUCCCGAAAUUCUGCAAUGGCGGAAGCAGCUGAAAUCCCCCAGUCUUCGAUUCCCAAAUCAUCAGAUGAGAAUCUCAAGCAAUCCCAGGUACCCACGUUUUCUGGUUUCCCAGCUUUUCCUGAUGUGGACCUCCAGAUGCUUCCAAUCAUGUACCCUAUGCUCGUGCCAGGGUUUAUCCCUUCGCAAAAUCAGGAACAGAAUAAUCGUGGUGGAGGAAUUUAUGCUGUUCCUGUUCUUCCUUUCAUGGGGCCGAUGGCUGGACUGACUUCCAACACCCUUAUCCCCCUAACCUACAAUGUGCCUACAAGGCCAAAUCCUGCUGAGGGAGCUGUUGGCGAGGAGCAUGGGCAAGAAGGAAGGCAACAGCAUGCACCGCAAAGACAAGUAGUUGUGAGGAGAUUUCAGUUUGGGUUUCAGCUCGACUUGUUGCUCAUUCUAAAGCUUGCAGCUGUAGUCUUUGUCUUCAACCAAGAUGGAUCGAGACAAAGGCUCAUCCUUCUUCUGUUCUUUGCUUCAUUUGUUUAUCUGUAUCAGACUGGAGCUCUCACACCUCUUAUUAGAUGGCUUUCACAAGGCAUGCACAGGGCAGGAGCACCUCCACAACCACAAGCUGCUGCCAGGGCAGAGAAUGGUCCUGCCGUUAGGCCAGAGGAUGAGAAUGCUGCUCAGCCCGAGGGACAACCCGGAGUGGAGAAUGAGAAUCAGCUACCUGACAAUGCAAACCAGCCAGUCGAGAAUGAGAACCCUCCAGAACCCGGUAGAAGGGAUGGCGUCAAUUGGUGGGGAAUCGCCAAGGAGAUCCAGAUGAUUGUUGUCGGCUUUGUGACCUCCCUUCUUCCAGGAUUCCACAACGUUGAUUAGCUGAAAUCCACAGGUGACUUCUCAAAUUGAUAGAAUCAGACGAAAGAAGAGUGAAUUAACAUUGUAUAAUGCCAUCUCUUCUGCUUAAUGUUGAUCAAAUAAUCAUUUUUGCA